AUGUGUGCCGAAACAUCGGAUGGGAGCUACUUCUGCGGCUGUCACAAAGGCUACGAACUGAAUCCUGAUGGUAGGACAUGCAGUCCUUCAGAGGCCUGCGAUCCGCCCUGUAUGGGCAAGGCACAGUGCUUUCGGGGCAGGUGUAUUUGUCCCACCGGCUUUCAAGGGCCCCGCUGUGAUGUGGACAUCGAUGAGUGCGCGAUGCCUGCUUACGUCCAUGGCUGUGCUCACGGCUGCAGAAACCUCUACGGCUCUUACGAAUGCAUCUGCCCAUCCGGAUACACACUAAUGUCUGACAAGAGAACCUGUGUUGUGGCAGAUCCAUCCAACGAUUGCAUUAGCCCCUGCAAAAAUGGUGGUGUCUGCCGUGGCAACAAUCAGUGUUCCUGUCCGCGCGGCUUCGAGGGUUCCGACUGCAGUCAGGACAUUGACGAGUGCGUCACCCUUGCACCUUGCGACCCCGACUUUGGUAUAUGCAUCAACCGCUACGGCGGCUACGAGUGCGUCUGCCAACCGGGUUAUAUCCUCUUACUGGAUGGACGGCACUGCAUUCAGGAGGCUCGAGCCCGACAGGCCCCCCACCUCGUUUUCCGCGGUCGUGGGGUCAAAGGCAUCACCUUAGGCACCCCAGUGGAGCCCAGACUAUCUCUACAGGACUCUCACUUACCUACCCUCAAAAGACGGCUUUCCUAG